AUUCUUUCGACUGUAAUGAUGAACUAAAGAAGUUCAUAUAAGAGAAGUCAUCUAUUUUAACAGUAUUGAACAAGAGCAAGGGAUCGUCGAAGGAGAGUGGUCGCCGGAGCUAUGAUGGAUUCUUCUUCUUCUUCUUCUGCCGGAACUGCUGGGUUAACUACCGACGAUGAUCGCUCCUAUAACUCCGGCGGUAUUCCCUUCAUCUCCUCAUGGAUCGCCUCGGUUUCGCAACGUUAUCAGUACUACCUCGACAAGGCGACACCGUUUGUGCUCCGGCGAUGGAUUUGUUUUGGCGUGGUGGCGCUUAUCUACCUCAUCCGCGUCAUUGUCCUUGAGGGAUUCUACAUUGUUUCGUAUGGUCUUGGCAUCUACGUGCUCAAUCUAUUCAUUGCCUUCCUCUCGCCCCAGGUUGAUCCCGAGAUGCAGCAGCUCUUAGAUAGCGAUGGGCCUUCGCUGCCGACUCGAGCUUCUGACGAGUUCCGUCCCUUCGUUCGUCGGCUCCCGGAGUUCAAGUUCUGGUAUUCCAUGACAAAAGCAUUUGUUAUUGCUUUCAUCAUGACCUUCUUUAGCGUAUUCGAUGUGCCUGUUUUUUGGCCUAUUCUACUCCUUUACUGGGUGGUUCUAUUCACAGCAACAAUGAAGCGACAAAUACUUCACAUGAUUAAGUACAGAUAUGUUCCAUUCACCUUCGGAAAGCAGCGUUAUAAUAGAAAGAGAGCAGCUGCUGCUGAGGAUGCUGUUGCUUCUAGAAGCUCAGCCUGAUGCCUUUUAUUUAGUAUAGUUAACUCUCUAUACUAAACCGCUCCUAAUUCUUGUCUUAAUGAGUCUUCGAUGAAAAAGAUCUCUCUUUUUACUCCUGAAGAAAACUGUCAUUUUACAUUGAUUAGAGGUGUACUGAUGACGUGUACACUACCAAGGUAUCUAGCUGAUGUCAUGCAUGCUUAGGGAUAUACUUUGUAGUGAAGUUUGAAAAUUCCAUGAAUUAGUUUAUAUAUCCUUUUGUUUGGUGUGGUGGAGAGUAAUGGAGAUUUAAUGUAUCCAUUUAUGAAUGCUAAUUUUUCAUUUAAUGCACUUCAGUUUCUGCAAA